CACGCAUGGUCUAAAUAGCUGUUUUUUUUCUUUAAAAACUUUAUUAACAAAAUAGAACAGAAACUUUAGUGCAGACCUUUUUCUAAAUACAUUUUCUUGAACUAACCUCUUUGUUUUAAUGAAACACAACGACGUAUUUGCUUUUUUUUUCUUUACCAAACAUUUUUUAAUCUAUUUAUUUUUUUGUUAUGACCUUGAUUGAAUCAGAACCACUUUGCGCGCGAGCGUCCAAAAGUUCAGAUUUGUGGUUAGUGAGGAGAGCGUGUUGUUUACACACGGAGGACUAGUGGGUAAAGUUCAGCCGUUCGAGGGUUCAGCUGCUGCUGCUGCUGCUGCUGCUGCUUUGAUUAUCGUAAAACUAUGGACUGGACUAAAAUGACGAAAGAUGAGCUCGAGCGGCAGUACUCCCCCAGCAGGUGGUCCCACAGGAUGAACGCGGACGCGGUGAUCCAGGCGCACGUGAAGGCAUUAAAGGCAGGUACGGAGCGAGCACGCGCCCUGGCUCAGACUUUACUCAACGUCCCAUACGGGGAGGGGGACGGGGAGAAGCUGGACGUCUACAUACCGAAGACCAACUGUCUGGAUCUCAACCUUGUCAUUUACAUCCAUGGGGGGUACUGGCAGUUUCUCAGUAAGGAGGAAUCAGGGUUCUUGGCUGUUCCUCUCCUCGAUAAAGGAGUAGUUGUGGUUGCCGUCGGUUACGACAUUGCCCCCAAAGGUCACAUGGACCUGAUGGUGUCUCAGGUUCGCCGCAGCGUGGUGUCCGUCGUGCAGCAGUAUUCACACAUCAGGGGUCUUUACCUGUGCGGCCACUCUGCGGGGGCUCACCUGGCUGCCAUGGUCCUGUCCACUGACUGGUCACAGUACAGCCUCAAUCCUCAAAUCAAAGGUGCUUUCCUCGUGAGCGGCAUAUACGACCUCCUGCCCAUCCUGCCCACCUACAUCAACGAGCCUUUGAAGAUGACAGAGGAGGUGGCGGUGAGAAACAGCCCCAGCCGGCUGGUCCCUCAGCUCCAGCAGUCCUCCCCCGGCUGUCAGAUCCUUGUGGCCGUCGCUGAGAAUGACUCGCCGGAGUUUCGCAAGCAGUCGGAGGAAUACUACGCAACUCUGAGUGCAGCAGGACUGAAAGUAACCCUGGAGGACGUGCCGGACACGGAUCACUUCAGCGUUGUCGACCAAAUGGUUGAUCCGGAAUACUGUCUAACCAAGCUUCUCAUGAAGAUGAUGAACAGCUGAAGACGGAUGCAUCAGCACACUUCUACUGCACAAUGAAAACAAGACUUUUGGGGGGGCGGGUGUCUAAACAGUUAAUUGGAAUCAACAAAAAGUGGCAUUGAUUGUUUUGUCUUGUUUACUGUUUGAUUGUGUAGUUAGGAAUUGUGUUCCUAGGGUGUGUUUUUACUGGGUGGGGGUUGGGGGGUGGUUGAAGUGAGCGUGAAGCUCCAUUGCUGCACAGCUGGACCCGUGCUACACACCAGUGGUGAACAAAUGAAUAGUUUUAUCUGAUAAUAGUUUCAGGUUUGUAUUUAAAACCCCACGGAGAACACAAGUGUGAGCAGGAACAGACUCACAUGAAGACUUUCUGCACCAACAUUUGCACAAUGUUGUCAUUUCGUCUGACAUAUUGAUGCGAAUAGUCACAAUAAAUGUUUUUAUUUGAGAACUUCUGACUCUGACUGAAUAAAGAUGUCCCACAAAAACACAGCAGCUGUCAAACAUGGUGGUGGUAGUGAGGUGGUGUGGGGCUUCUUUGCAGCUUCAGAACCUGGAACAGAUAUAUCAAUAAAUGGUGAACACAUGGGUUCUGCUGCUGGACAUGGAGUGAUUUUUGUGCCACCAUAUUGCAAACAAAAUUCACAGUUUUGAGAUGAAAUUUUUCUAAAUUGCAAAGAAAAUGUAAAGUGUCAAGAAAAAAAAAAUCAUAUUUUGAAAAUGAUUAUUUUUUCAUAUUUGCUUUCAAAAUAUGUUUGCAAUUGCAGUACAAAUGUUUUAGUGUGCCUCAUCUAGCUUUCACCCUAUCUUUGAUUUUGCAUUGGGUUGAUACAGAAAGGGAUCAAAGAAAAAUCAAAAAUGGGAUGAAAUUGAGAUGAGACACAACCAUAGACUGUAUAUAAAAUAAUAAUAAAAUAAUUUUUACAGUCUAUGGACACAACCCAUCUAAAAUAUUGGUACUGCAAUCGAAAAAAAAACUUUUGAAAGCAAAAAAAAAAUAAAAAUUAUAAAUGCCAAGAAAAUGAAACCAUAAAAAGGCUUUUGAAAGCAAAUAGUGAAUAUUUUCUUUGCAAAUAAUGACUUUUUAUUCUUAACACUUCAAUAAAACUUGAACAAAC